AUGCGGUCGGAUUCUUGUUUAAAUAGAGGGGAAGACACGUGGCGAAUUGGGAACGGAAGUGGUGUGGAAGUCAAGCCAGGUCAGGUUUUGACUACACGUGGCAAAGUGAAUUGA